AUAUAUGUUAUAUGAGAAAGAUGUAAAUGUAAACAACGAUUUAACAGCUGAUGAAGUGUCAUCGAUAUGAAACCUUUAAUCUAACCUCUAACACGUGACGUACAAUUCUAUUUUAUACAACAUCUUUAUCUUAAUGGAUAAAAUGAACAUCGCAAAAAAUAAAAUUAAAUAGUACAAUAAAUAUUUUGAAAUCUCUAUUGGACGACUAUGGAGAAUCAGGUUCAUUCGGAAUUAAUUUUGAAGGAGGAACAGGACGAAGAGGAGAUGAAGGAAGGUCGAUGUUCCAGCGAAAGCAACAAGAGCAUCACACCUGACGCCUCGGCGAUUGGAAUAAGACCAAAGCCUUUAAUCUGUAAGCCCGAAAAUGUGAGCAUCGGAUGUAAAUCGGAGCCAAUCGAGAGGAAGUGGCAAUGGGCCCCGGGAGCAUGGCAAGAUGCGACCAGGACUAGCGCGUUUCAGCCAUAUAAGCCACCCACGUUACUCACAAAUCUGCAAAGAGGCAAUACUCAGACUCAGAUACAUCAGCUCUAUGUUGAGAACGAUAUCACAUUUCAUACUUUGGCAGGUCAAGGGGAACUUACACCUGAACAUAUAUGUUCAAAUUCAGUAGAUGCAACUGAUGAAAGAGGAUUAACAGGAUUGAUGUGGGCUAGUGCUUAUGGACAAUUAGGUACUGCUAGGCAAUUGCUCAAGUGGAAUGCCAAAAUAAAUCGCUGUGGGCCAAAAGGAGAGACAAGUUUGCAUCUGGCAGCUGCUUAUGGUCAUUACGACGUUGUUAAAUUAUUAUUAAAUCAUGGUGCUGAUGCCAAUGCAUGUGAUGAGGAUGGUAAUACACCAUUAAUUUAUGGUGCAUAUUAUGAUCACCCACGUGUAUGUUAUGAAUUGUUAACAAAAGGUGCAGAAGUAACACAUACUAAUUUUUCAAAUAUAAGUGCUUAUAAAGCAGCUAUUAUGAAUAAUUCAAUAAAUGCUAAAGCAGUUAUUGAGAAUCAUCUAAUACCACAAAUUAUAAAUAUGCCAACAGAUGAAUUAUAA